CCCCAGGGCCUGGGGUGCUGCCAGCCCCUGGACCCCUGCCUGCACCCACCAGCCCUGGCCCCACAGGAUGCUUCGCCCCCCGGCACUGUGGGCUGGGGGUCACCUCCCACGGUGGGGACCUCCCCGGAGCUGAACGGGGCUCCUGGCAUGGGGACAGGGGCCUGGGGGUCACCCCCCUGUGGCCCUGCUGCGGGGACCCUCCCAGAGAUGCUUGGGGUUCCUGACAUGGGGACGGGGGCCUGGGGGUCACCCCCCUACAUGCCUGCAGUGGGGACCCCAUCAGAGCUGCACAGGAUCCCUGGCUCUGUCUCAGGGUCCUGGUCAUCACCACCAUACAGCCUCGGAGCAGUGACCCCACUGGAGCCCCCCCGGAGAUGUGCCAUGGCCACAAGCACUGGGACGGCUUCCUCCUGCUGCUUGGAGCCUGCAGCCCCGCACCAGCCUCCCAGG